AUGGGGGCAUCUGCGUCGUCCCCGGCGCACCAAGGAUUUCGUCCUCGGGUGGGGAAGCUCGCUCCGGACUCGACCGUCAUGCUUGUUUGCGACCUCCAAGAACACUACCGCACUAGAAUCUACGAGAUCUCGUCCGUUCUCCACGCGUCCAACUCGCUCGUGCAGGCCGCCAAGAGGCUUUGCAUUCCAGUCAUUUGCACGACGCACGACGCCGCCAACUCGGACGCCAGGACCCCGCCGGAGCUUCAUUUGGACGACGGGUGCAGUUGCCAUGACAAGACUGUGUUUUCGAUGCUGUCGGCGGACGUCCGCCGCGCCAUCGACGCGCGCCAUCCCAAGUCGAUUGUGUUGUGCGGCGUGGAAGCCCACGUGUGUGUGCUCCAGACGUGCCUCGACCUCGUGGAAGACGGCUACCAAGUCCAUGUCGCCGUCGAUGCAGUGAGCAGCAGCACGGCGUUCCUGCGCGCGACGGCCUUGGAGCGCUUGAAGCAAUCGGGUGUGUUUUUGACCACGGUCGAAAGCCUAGUGUUUCAGUGGGUGCCCGACUCGAACCACCCCGCGUUUGACGACAUGACCGAGCUGAACAAGCAGCACACCGCGAUCCCGUCCGCGUUUCAUUGA